AUGGCGUUAUAUAGUCAAGCCUUGGUCCUUUUCCUGAUAGUACUGUCAAGUUCUGGUGUUUUUACCGCAAGUUUAAAACAGAACAAAUAUGACAGCGACGAGGAAGAACAGAUCAAUCUUCACGUCAAGAAAGUCCACAUCAUAUUUAUGAAUCAUCUAGAUGCAGGUUUCACCGACUACAUCGACAAUGUCAUCAACCUCUACUUCACUCAGUACUUCACGCAGGCUGUCCAGCGUGCUGCAGAGCUUGCUGAGGGGGAUUACGUCGAGACCUUCCGCUACACGACCCACCCGUGGCUGGUCAGCAUGUACCUGGACUGUCCGAAGCACAUCCAUCUCCUCCCUGGUGAUAAAGUGAAGUGCCCAUCUGCUGAAGAUAUUGAGGUAUUCACGCAGGCGGUCAAGCUUGGUUUCAUCACGUGGCAUGCUGGACCAAUGAACAUGCAGUAUGAGUUCCUAGACGGAGCGCUCCUUGCCCACGCCUUCAACCUCACUCUUAGUCUCGAUGCGAGGUUUAACAUCACCAGGAAAUACAGGACACUCAGUCAGAGAGAUGUACCAGGAAUGACCCAGGCAGUGAUACCGGUCCUCGUCAAGCAAGGCAUUGCUGCUAUCACUGUUGGCGUCAAUGCUGCCACGUCACCACCUGCAGUCCCCAGGAUAUUUAACUGGGAAUACAAUGGGCAGAGUGUUCUCGCCAUGUGGCACCCGGGUGGCUAUCCAAACAACCCAGGACGAAACCCCAAGUCUCCGGGCGGUCUCUCGGCAAAGGACUGCGUGACAGUGGAUGGAUUUGAUGAGGCCAUGUGCUUCGCCUUCAGAUCUGAUAACCAGGGCCCACCACAGUCAAUGGAGGAAAUCUUCGGAUACUAUGAAAUUCUUCGCCGGCAAUUCCCAAACGCUAAACUUGGCGCCUCGUCCCUGGAAGACUUCACUGCAGCUGUCAUGUCAGCAAAUAUUAAGCUGCCAACGAUCAGGAACGAGAUAGGAGACACGUGGAUUCAGGGCAUCCAAUCAGACCCCAGAAAGGUCGCCGAGAUGAGAGCUGUGAUGAGGGGCAGGGCAGAAUGUAUCCAGAACGGCAUGUGCUCGUACGAGGAUCCCCGCUUCUUCAACUCGAGCCGUCUGCUGUUGAAAACGGGGGAGCACACGUGGGGUUAUCACGGACUCUCCGAUCAGAUCAACUGGGACAACACCGCCUUUCAGACAGUCAAGAACUCAACUGAAUUCAAAAACAACACUCUCGGAUGGAUGGCCCAGCGUCAAUUCACUUAUCUGGCAGUGGACGCACUGUCAGACCAUCCAUUGGCUGAGAAUAUCACCAAAGAGUUUGACGACAUGAAGCCUUCCAAACCCGACCUCACCGACUACCACUCGGACACAAUCCUUCUUUACAAGUGCUCAAACGGUAUCCAAGUUGGCUUUGACGAAACGACCGGUUCUCUUAAUCAAGUAGCUGAUCCCCUCAAACAGAUCGAAUGGGCUUCUGAUAAGAACGGGCUAGCAAAGUUCCACUACAACACGUACAACCAGACAGACUUCGACGCCAUGCAGACGGCUUAUAUCAAUGAUGGCUGGUUUGACCUCGGGAUCGACAAACCUAACAUAACCCAGAAUGCGCACCCAGAGAGCAAGGUUUGGGAGCCAACUUUGGCAGAGUUUUACAGGAAGAAAGGAGGUAAGGCAGUACUCCCUGUAGAUUCACCUCAAGUGUUCCAUUAG